AUGACGGCGCCACCGUCGACGCCGUCGCAACUAGAAGGCUUGAGCGGUGCGGACGAAAAGCAGCACCGGUUCUUCGCAUGCGAGUUAAUCCAAGAGUCGGGCAUCUUGCUUCAGCUACCACAAGUCGUCUUGGCGACUGCCCAGUCGCUCCUGCAUCGGUUCUACGCGCGACAGAGUUUGUUCGAUUUUGACGCUUUCCGAGCCGCGAUGGGGUGCAUCUUCCUGGCGAGCAAGGCCGAAGAACAUCCUCGUCGGAUCAAAGACGUUGUACAAGUGUUCUUUCGCAUGCGCAACCGACGUAUGGACCUCGGACUCACACCGAUGUUGCCGUCGGAUCCUCGCUUCGCUACUUGGAGCGACUGGCUCGUCAUGGUCGAGAGACAGGUGCUAAUCGAAGUUGGGUUCUCCAUUGACGGUACCACCGAACACCCUCACAAGUUUCUGCUCUACUACGUCAAACUUCUUGAGUGCUCCGACGCUUGUGCGCAGAAGGCAUGGAACUACGUCAACGACAGCUUUCGAAUCGACCUGUGCUUGCGAUAUGACGCCCAUGUCAUCGCAUGCGCUGCCAUCAGUCUUGCCGCACGUGUGCUGCAGCAUGCUCUUCCCCUUGGAUGGGAGGUGUUGCUUGAGGUCGACAUGGCGGACGUUUUGUCCGUGGCGCAGGAAAUGCUUGCGUUGUACCAACUACGUCGAGUUCAAUGGCUCCAGCCUUUGACAGCAGUUGACCCAUUCGAGGUCACAAAAGAUGACGAACUCGCCACCAUUGCUGUGGAUGCUGCACCUGCUGCUGAACAUCCUCAAGCAGAAAACCCAGCCAUAUCGUCGUCAAUGUCUCCGGUUGCACCAGCGCUCGAGGCCCUCGAGACACAACCCUCCCGAUCUCCCGAUGCCCAAGCGACGUCGCAGUCGUCGAAGCUCAAGCAGGGACCGCAAACGGCGAAGUCGAAGCAGGAGCCAACAGCGGGGCCACCGCCGAAGCGAGUCCAGAAACCAUCGUGA